AUGGAGUCAGAAUCUAUCAAGAAAACAAAACAAGCAGAAGAUGACCGAGAUUCAAACAAGAGAAGCUUGAGGGAAAAGGAAAGGGAAACUUCUGAGUUACAGAAAUCAGUCGUCAGAUUGCAGCAACUGUGUACAAAUCAGGAAAGAACAAUUGGUGAAUUGUGGUUACAAUUAGACAAUGAUAUAAAUAAUGUUCCACAAGACAAAGAUGCUGGUAUCACCGAGCUACAAAAAGAACAACUCCGGUUGGUUGGUGUAGAACAUGGCUUACGCAAGGAUUUAGAGAAUUGCAGGUGGGAAGCCGAUGCUCUGAGGCACGAAAACACCAGCCUUCUGGAGAGGGUGAAAAGUAAAGAGAAAGGGGGAGAUCCAAAGAGUAUGUUAGCAACUCUACAAGAAAGGGAUAAUGUCCUGGAAUUGGACGUAAUGGCUCAAAGUUUAAGAAGAAAAGUUGAAUCUUGGAAGAAUAGUGUGGGGAUGCAAGAAGAAAUCUUGCAAGAAAAAUCUCAUAUAUUCUGCGAUGAAUCUCUCAAGCAAGAUAUAGAAAAUCCUGAGGCAUCUGAAGAGGAGCAACAACAUAUCGAGAAUGAGGAGGGGUUCAAACAAGUGCAACAAGAACUAACUGAAACUUUACUUGUCAAGAUUCUAAGAGAAACAUUAUAUUCCAAUGCAGUUUAUUUAGAACAACUUCAGGACGAAUGUGCAACUUUGGUAAGGGGUCAAGAAGUUUUGAGAAGUAGCAUUGAAAGCCUGCAAGAUAGUCUCAGUAGCUCAAACCAGAAAGAGAAAGAGUUGGUGGUUCAGCUUGGAGGGAAUGAGAACACCAUCAAAUGUUUACAAGCUGACUUACAAGAAUGUCUCAAAGAACCGGCAUCGUUAAGAACAGAGAUAGCCAAAGUUUCAAAAGAAAGGGAUGGAUUUCAGAAAGAUUCAGAACAGCUUAUCUCGGAAAACGUGAAACUCAUUGCUGAAGUGGAAGCACUUAAAAUGAGAGUAGAGAAACUCAAUGAGGAUUUAUAG